CCAAUGCCCACUCCCGAGAGGCCUGCAGGAUGCCCACCUGGACUGGAGUAUCUCACACAAGUUGACCAGCUCCUGGUUCAUCAACAAGUUGAGUUGAUGGAACUGAUGGUUGGAUGGGAAACCAACAACAAGUACGAGGUGAAGAACAGCCUGGGACAGCGGGUGUUCUUCGCGGUGGAGGAAGGGGACCUGUGCGGCAUGCUUUGCUGGGGCCCCAUGCGCGCAUUCGUCAUCCACGUUCAGGACAACACGGGCCAGACUGUCAUGUCCGUGGCAAGACCCCUGAGAUGCAACUCUUGCUGCUGUCCCUGCUGCCUGCAGGAGGUAGAAGUUCAGUCCCCUCGUGGAAACCCCAUUGGAUAUGUCAAACAGGAUUGGCACCCGUAUCUUCCCAAAUUCACCAUUCAAGAUGAGAAGAGAAAUUCUGUGCUGAAAAUCAUUGGCCCAUUCUGUGACUGCAAGUGCUUCUCCGAUGUGAACUUUGAGAUCAAAUCGCUAGAUGAGUCCUCCACCGUUGGUCGAAUUUCAAAGCAAUGGUCUGGCCUUGGGAAUGAGCUGUACACAGAUGCAGACAACUUUGGGGUGCAGUUCCCAAUGGAUAUGGAUGUGAAGAUGAAGGCGACAAUACUGGGAGCCUGUUUUCUCAUUGACUUUGUGUUUUUUGAGCAUACAAAACAGGAGGAAAGUUAAGUGAUGUGUCUGUGCAAAUGAAAACAGCCAUCACAUGGACAUUGGGGCAGUGUUGACCGGACUCCUGAGCCGAAAUGACUGCACC